CAUUACAGACAAGGCUAUCAAAAGUUUGUGGUUACCACUUCAUUUGUUGCAACACGUUCCGGCCUUUUGAGGUGGAUCGAUCACAUUAAACCAGCAGAUGAUUCGCCUGAUCCACACUUCAGCGAAGAAAAUGCCCGAGCCAUGGAUAUGUCUUGGUAUAAACGAGCAGUAGAUCAACAUAGCGUCGAACAGGAUAGUUUUGUAUACAGUGUACCAUUCGGUUCUGGAUAUAAUGGUAAAACGAAUGGUACAUUAGUGACAGCUUCACAUUCCAUAUUUGUGGAACAUCGUGGCCAUAAGGCACCAGCAGCUGUAGUGGGUUUACAAUUUCAACACGAUUCAUUGGCCAAACAUUUUAUAAAUAUCACCUCAGCUUGUACUGGAAUGACAGGCUGUAAACGUACCUGUGCAUCGGAUAAUUUAGACUGUUAUGUAUUGGAUAAUAAUGGGUUUGUUAUUAUAUCCGAAGAAUCAGAACAUACUGGUAAAUUCUUCGGACAAAUCGAUGGUACUAUAAUGGAUUCCCUGGUGCAAGACCGCAUAUAUAAACGUGUAACAGUAAAUGACUAUCAAGGUGUCUGUUCGAAUUCCGAUAAUCCCUAUACAGCUUGUGGAAUUCGUGCCAAACCCCACUAUGUUGCUUCGUGGUUCUUUAAGUAUCUACUAUCGCUGAGUGCCACUUGGUUGUCACUGUUGCCCACACCGCUUAAGGCAUGGCCCCACGAUGAUUAUGUUUACAAUGAAGAGAAUUUUGAAGAGCCAACCUAUACCGAUGAUUAUGAAACAUUCGAAGAGGAUUAUAUAUCACCCGUUGACGAAGAAAUGGAUGAACUUUUUACCACCGCUGAUGUAGAAUAUACCACACCAACACCAAAACAACAUAAACCUCACGUUGGACCACGUUCAAAUCCAGAUCCUUCCAAUGCUCGCCGUUGCGACUUACGUACAGACUUAUAUAUGCUCCAGCCCGAAAGAUUAAAUCAAGGGGGCCAAAAUAAUCCCUUAAAGGGUAAACUGACAAAUUGCCACGUAUCGGGCUGCGAACGUCCAUUUAGUGUUCAGAAAAUUCCACACAGUAAUCUUAUUUUAUUAGUUGUUGAUACAUUGUGUCCAUGUGGCUCCAAGCAACUGGACAUAGAGCCGAUGGAAGAGUCCGGCAUUGUUG